AUGGCUACCACCGACAGCAAGUCCGAAGAGUUUCGGGUUGAGCCCGUAGAGGUGGUAGACACCUCGCAACAUCGCGAGAAGACUGCCAGCGAGCAAAUCCAGAUCCCUUCGCCGGUAGCGGUUAAAGUGAAGCUCUCCUGGAAGACUUGGGUUGUUGUCUUCAUCUCCUGUUUCUCCAUUACGACCCAAGUCUUCGUGGUCGCCGCGGCCACAUCUGUUAUCGCCUUCAUCGUCCGUGACAUAGGCGACGCCCCCAAUUCGACUUGGAUCAUUCAGGGCCCCUUGCUAAUGCAGAGCGUCCUCUCACCAAUUGUCGGCCGUCUCUCAGAUGUUCUAGACCGCAAGUGGAUGGUGAGCAUCCCGCCCAUCAUCGCUGCCGCUGGAGCUGUCGUCUGCGCCUUAUCGAAGGACAUGUCUAUGCUUAUCGGCGGGGGUAUUCUAAUUGGCACCACUCUCGCCUGCAUUUCCAUUGUGCAGUCCAUUCCCUCCGAGGUCCUGCCCAUGAAGUACCGCCCUCUUGCUAACGGCAUGGCAUUUGUGGGAGGAGCUGUAGGAAGCCUCGUGGGUAAGCUCGGGGCGGGUGCGGUCACCAACAUCUCAGCCUCGGGUUGGCGCUACAUCUUCUGGAUGCAGGUUGCAUUCCACUUGACAACGGCUCUGGGGUUCCUAGUCUUCUACUGGCCACAGCGCCGGUCCGACUACCCACGAAUGACCAUGCGUCAGAUGUUCUGGGCUAUCGACCCUAUCGGCUCUGGUCUCUUCAUUGUCAGCACUACAUUAAUGCUCUUGUCCCUCAACUGGGGUGGGAGCCGUUACCCUUGGGCCAGCGGCCAAGUAGUUGCCCCACUGACUGUUGGCUGCGUCGUUUUGGUUCUGUUUUGCGUUUACGUAGAAUGGAAGGGCCGCAACGACGGCAUCAUCGCCCACGUCUUUUUCAAGGGUGGCCCCAACUUUUCCUUGGCUAUAUUUGCCUUCGCUGUCGAGGGAUGGGUCUACUAUUCCGCUGUCAACGCCAUCACGCCCCAACUUGUCCUUAAUCUUGGUUUCGAAAAUAACUCGUGGGACAUUGCGGUGCGUCAGAUGUCUUAUCAAGUGCCGAUCCUUGUUACCUCCAUCCCAAUUACGUGGUAUGCCACACGCUACAAAGACCUCAAGUGGCCGCUUGUGGUGACCUUCACCCUGUUUUUGAUCGUCACCAUUCUUUAUGCAAACAUCCGCCCUUCCUGGGCCAACGUCCAAUAUGUCUUCAACGUUCUCUGCGGCAUCGGCCAGUCCGGGCCGCUCACGCUCAUUGUGGCCACCGUGCAAUUUACCGCUCCUCACGCGUUUCUUUCUACCGCCACUGGUCUGGCGUUCACCUCCCGUGCGAUCGGUGGCGCAUUUGGCGCUGCAGUCCUUAACUCCAUCAUCAACGGGUACCUAACGUCGCAUUAUGCCAGGGACGUUGGAGGCGCCGCCAUCGACGCUGGUCUACCCUCCUCCUCCGUGCCAGACCUCAUCACCGGCAUCCGCAGCGGAAAUAAAACCCUUCUCAACUCCAUCGAGGGGCUCACGGAUCCUAUUCUCGCCGAAGCAGUGAGUGCGGGCCACUGGACAUAUGCGCACGCAUACCGUCUGGCGUGGUCAAGUAUAAUUCCCUUCACCGUGCUCGCCAUUGUCGCCGUCGCCUUUUUGAAGGACGUCAAGAAGCUUAUGACGGAUCGCAUCGAGGCGACGGUGGAGAAGAUGGACAAAAUCCAGGAAGCGAAGAACGUUAAUAACGAGGUGUGA